GAAAUCAUCUUCAUUAUCAUCGAUCGAUUAUCACAGUUGAUCAUUCUGUUUAAUUUUUUUUUAUUUUAUUUAUUCUUCAAAAAUGAUUACAAUGUUAAUAAUGAUUUCCGAAUGGUUACAAUGGAUUCUGUAUUUUGUACAGAAUUUUUUCAAACAAAAUAUUUUAAAACAAACAAAUUCAUCAAAUAAUCAUAAUCAUAAUAAUAAUGGUAAUGAUGAUGAUAAUCUAAUAUCAAAUUCAACCAGUCAAACAAGCUAUGAAAAUAUUAUAUCAUUAACAUUUUAUUAUGCAUGGCAUGUGAUAACAAGAAAAAUUAAUCAUAAUUAUCCUGAUGUACGAAAAAAUGUUCUCAAAUCAGAAUCGGUUACCCGAGCAAUUGAACAAGUUUCAUGUGAUCAAUAUCGAAUAAAAACUUUAACAAAACAACAACAAGUAAAAAAUAUUUGUCAUCAAGAUGUAAAAAAUCAAAAUGAAUAUCAACAAUUUAUUAGAAAAAAUCGUCAUAAAGCAUUUGAAUUAUAUGAAGAAUUAAGUUCAUGUAUAUCAUCAUCAUUAUUAAGAAUUGCCGGUUGGAUUUUAUAUCGUUUAUUAUCAAGAAUGUUUAAUAGUGUACAAUUUAGUAAAGCACAAAUUGAACAAAUACGACAACGGCAAAAAUUAUUUGAUAAUAAAAAUAAUAAUAAACAACAACAACAAAAGUCUGAUAUACCGAUUAUAUAUCUACCAUUACAUCGUUCAUAUUUGGAUUGUAUAUUGAUUACAUUUAUAUUAUCAAUGAAUGGCCUAAAUCCACCAUUAAUUGCUAUUAAUGAUCAUUGUUGUUUACCAUUUUUUGAUAAUCUUAUUCGUGGUUUAGGUGCAUUUUUUAUUAGAAAAAAGUGCAUAAAAAAUAAUAAUAAUGUUAAAGCUGAUCAUGGUAACAAUAAUAACAACGUUAAUAAUAAUAAUAAUAAUAAUAAUGAUGAUGAUGAUAAUGAAAAUGAUCCAAUACAUAAAGCAAUAUUACGAUCAUAUAUUAUUGAAAAUCUUCGACAAGGAAAUUCAAUGGAAUUUUUUCUUGAAGAUUCUCGUACAUCAACUGGUAAGGUUUUGAUGCCAAAUCUUCAUUUAUUAUCAAUUGUUUUGGAUGCAUUGGCUGAAGGUUCAGUGCAACAGGUAUGCAUUGUUCCUGUAUCAAUAUCAUAUGAAAAAUCCAUUGAAGGCACUAAUCUAGUUGUACGUGAACAAAUGGAUAUACCACAACAACAACAACAACAACAACAACGAAAAUCAUCCGAUACAUUUAUAACAACAAUAAUGGCUAUUUGGAAAACAUUACGUUCAAAUUAUGGUGCAGUACGUGUUGAUUUUGGUAAACCAUUUAUUCUAAAUGAAUAUAUGAAUCAAUGUAUGGCACAACAACAAAUUCAACAACAAUUAAAAAAUGAACAACGUAUAAAACAACAGCAACAAACAACGAUGAUAAUGACAAAUGAUAAUGAUCGGGCUGAUAAUCAUCAUAAUCAUAAUGAUCAAAAUAAAUUGUAUCCAAUUCCAAGAAAAAUUGAUUAUGGUGUUACAAUAGCCGAUUGUGUUGCAUGUCCACCAUCACUUGAUCGAAUAACACAUUGUAAAAAGAAUAAUAGUUUAUCAUUGUCGGCGAUAAAAUUGUUGAAUAACAAUAAUAAUAAUAAUAAUAAUAUUGAUGACAAGAAAAAUGAUGGAUUAGAUGAAGAAAUACGACGUAGAUAUCGUUGUUGUGAUUCAUUAGCCAAACAUGUACUAUAUGAUGCAUAUCGUGAUUCAUCAUUAAUGUCAACACAUUUAGUUUCAUUUUUAUUAUUGAAUAAAUAUCGAUCAAAAGGUACAACAAUUGAACAAUUAACACAGGAUUUAGAUUGGUUAAGACAAACAAUAUGUCGUGAUAAACAACAAAAUCUAUCGAUUAAUGGUGAUUCACAAACAUUAGUACGACAAGCAAUACAAUUAUUACGACAAGAAGAAUUAAUACAAACGGAAAAAGUUCGUCUUAAAUGGUCAUCAUGGAAUAAUAAUAAUCAUUAUUCCCGAAAUUAUCAUCAAAGAAAUUCAUGGAAUCAAUGUAAUAAUAAUGAUAAUGAUGGUGUAUAUGAUGAUGAUGAUAAUAAAUCUGAUUCAAGAUUAGAGAUAAUUUAUUUAAAACCAUCAAAUAAAUUACCAUCAUUAUUACAUUUACAACAUUAUUCAAAUUAUUGUUCAUCAUUAUUUGUAUUCGAAUCAGUUUUAGCCAUAUCAUUACAUACAUUUGUACAGCAAACAGAGAUCUCAUCACUCAUUUAUGAUCCAUCAACAUUUGUUUCAAAUCUUUCUAUAAAUAAACGUGAAUUUUUUCAACGUUGUCGUACAAUUUGUUCAUUAUUACAGAAUGAAUUCAUAUUCACCAAGAGCUGUCAAUCAUUAGAUCAUAUGUUAGCAAAAACAUUUAUCGAUUCAUUCUGUAAACAUGAUAUAUUUGUAUUGAAUCCAAACAAACCAACUGGUUUAACAUUACCAAUGUCGGAUGUUGCCAAUCAUCUUUAUCCAAAUAAUCAUCAUCAUCAUCAAAAUGGUACGAAUAAUCAUCAUUCAUCAUCAUCAUCAACAAUAAUAAAAACAGGAAAAAAUUUACCAGUAUCAUAUAGACGAUUAAAUCGUUGGCUAACAUCAUCAACACGUAGAAGACGUAGUAGUAUGUUUAAAAAUAUGGAAGGAACAUUACAAAAUGAAUGUAUAUUAGAAGUAGAUGAAGAUCGUUUAAUCGAUAAUGAUAAUAAUGAUGAUGAUGAUGAAAUUAUGGAUGUUAUUGAUUGUAUUAGUGAUCAUUCAUUAUCAUCAUCAUCAUCUAUAGAUGAUAAUGAAGAUAAUAAUAAUAAUAAUCAUCAUCAUUUACCACAAGAAUUUUAUAUACGUUUAACUGAAAAAAAUUGUCAAUUAUUAUCAUUAUAUCGUUCAAUUUUAGAACCAUAUGUUCAAGCAUAUUGGUUUGUUGCCGAUUGUAUAGCAAAUUAUAAUGAAUUAUCAUCAUCAUCAUCGUCAUCAUCAUUGAAAUUAAUGAAUGAUACAAAAUGUAUCAAUUAUCAUAAUCAACCAAAAAAUUGUCAUCAUAAAAUAAUAAUGAAUAUAAAUUCUGAACAAUUUAAACAACAGAAAUCUACAAUGGCAAAUGGUCAUUCAAAUGGUUAUAAACCAAUCAUAAUGGAUAAUAAUAAUAAUAAUAAUAUAAUUAAUAUUGAUGAAAAAAUAUUGUUAAAAAUGUUGAUAACACAAGCUAAACAAAUGGCACAUAAUGGUUAUAUUUAUUAUGAAUGUGCAUCAAAACAAACAUUACAAAAUGCAUUGAAAUUUUUUUCAUCACUUGAUAAUGGUGAAGAUGAUAUAAUGAACGAUUUAAAUAAUGAUGUUAAGCAACAACAAUAUACAACAACAACAACAACGAUUAAUCUUGAACGAAUACAGGCAAUUGCCGAAUCGAUGAAAAUUUUCAUUAGAAAUGAUAAAACUCAAUCGACAAAAUCAUCUUGAAACCACCCCC